AUGGCAAAGAAAAUUCCUUCAACCAAUUUGGAGGAUUUCGAUUUUUUUAACUUCCUUUUCUGGUCUGUGCCGGUUGGAGAGAGCUGUGGGUUUGACUCCAAAUGCGAGGAAACGCCGGAAAGAAAUUACUAUCACGGUUUCUACGGCUUAACAGCUGGAGAAGACUACACUUUCUACUUCCAAAGCGAAUCCGGAGGCGUUUUUGGCGAUGCCUUAGAGGUCAACCAACCCACUUAUACUGCCAACCAGGGUGCUGUUUUUGAAGCGAGCAGCGAGUGGCAACAAACUCAGAUCACGUGCUCAACCUCAUUUGAGCCGGGAACUGGAAGCAAACUUGUCUUUUCGUACAUCGGUGAAAACUCUGGAAAAACUUACAGCGAAGAAAAAGCAUACACCUCUUCAACUGUCCAAACUGUGUUCACUGACCUGAUGCCAGGGGAGAAAUACAACAUAACUGUGCGAGCAUACAGCAAAGGGCUAAUCCCCCUAGUGAAAAAUUUCACUCUCGAGGGCUUCACAAAACCCCCCACAAUAUCUAUCGUUUCCGAACCAGUGGUCAACCGGGUGGACUUCUCAGUAGACGUCGAGUGCUCUUUCGCCUUUGGAUACACAAAAGAGGUGAAGAUUACUGAGUUAGAUGGGAAGUUACCUGAUGUGGUCAUUCCAUUCACCAUUCAAAAGCAAGUAAUGCACAUUCCCGACUUCACUCCCGGAGACGUGCACCAUCUGCAACUCACACCCUACAGUCCCUACGACAUACCAGGAGAUGCGAUUUGGCUCAAUGUAUCAAUGUACACGGAUAACUUCACGGCAACAUUUGGUGUAAAUAGUGAGCAGAUUGAUGUGGUUACUAUGACUGUCUCCGGAACAGGCGAACACUUCAACAUUUCUGUUGUUGGGGAGGAGAACGAAGUCACCGACAACCCCCAACGAACUUUUGACUUCUCCCAGUUGAGUCGGAAUAACAGCUUUAAGGAUCUGAUGCCAGGAGAAAAUUACACAUUCACAAUCAGUUCUACCAGCAAAUCCGACCAAUACACUCAAGCACUGAGCCACUCGAGUGAGUUUGAGGUGAUAGCGACACCAAUUGAACCCCAACCUGUGCCUCAGAACUGGAAUGAUGAUUGUGAAAUCAUAGUGCCAUCAUACCCUGGAUACGGCCACAUCCCAAACGUUACCUGGAAUCUGAAAUACAGUGCUGGCCCAUACACUGUCGGUGUUGAGCUGGUUCAAGUUGGAAAAUGGACUGAUAUGAGGAUAUCGCCAGCAUUCCCAGAUGGGAGCCUUAUGGCAUCCAGCCAACAUGAAAUCACAGACAUCACAGAUCACUCGAAUGUACUCCUUGCGACGCCAAAUGCACCAAGCGGCUUCGUACCCGGCAGUGAUUACAUCCUUUUCCUGACAGCGCUCUCGCACGGUGUAUUGUCACUUGCCACUUCAUUUCCAAUCACUCUGUUCGAUGACGUCAUGUUACCUCCUGUGCCCAAUUACCCCGCUACUAGCAAAACAUUCGUCUGGUUGUCGCCAGGAGAUCCAGUCGAACCCGUAGAACCGGUGAUUGUCACCCAAGAUUGGCCGACCAAUGGGAUAUCUUCCUCGACUGUCACGGUCUUCUGGUCGCCAGGAAUGGAAAACAGUCACCAGGUGUUCAAUUUGGAUAAUCAGCCUCAAAGCACAGUUUCGCUCUACUACGACACUUUCUAUUGGGUUGUUCAAUUUUACGAGGCUCCGGGCAGACAGGGCCCUGAUUACGAGACUGAUUUCCUGCUUUUAAACCCAGUUAUUCUACCCAAAGUGUGUGACUCGGUCGAUUUUCCAGAUAGCCUUAUAGCCGGCGCUCCGGACGAGGUGGUUUGGUCCUACAAAUCUUCACACUCCACAGACAAGCUGCCUUUUGCCAAUUCGAUUGAUUUAGAAUGGGUCCUCCCCUCUAUCAUCACGAAGUGCGACCUUACGUUUGUGCAAUCCGAAACUAGCACCAUGAUGGCGGGGGCUACUAUACUCUCCUCUAAUCGAAACUUGGUUGAAAGCAGCAACAACUGGGACCCUGGACAUAAAUACUUGCAUGGCUUCCGCAUAAAAAUUUUAACGAGAAAACUAUAUUGGAACAACGCGAAGUUUUUGGUUUUCAUACUAAUUUUCAAGAGGGGUAUGUGA